GCGACCGGCUGCUGCGGGUGGUCGGCGCAUUCGUUCGAUUCAUUCCGCAGACAGUGCCUCUAGUGCACCACAGAGCUUUUGAGAUAGGAUUCGGCACGAUACACCCGAGCACGGAAUGGGCUCUUCAGUGACGGAUGAUGAAGUCAUUCGGAGGAAGCUCCUCGUCGACGGCGAAGGAAUGGGCGAUGACCGGAGAAUCGACCUUCUGCUCAAGAGUUUCUUCAAAUGGGUCAACAAGCCCGCGGAGAGCGACGAUCAGCAAUCUUCCCUGGACUCACUCGAAAACACAAUCGACGGUUGUUUGAUGUCCAUGAUAAAAUCUCAGAAAGUGAUGUCGAUGAAUGAAGCCGAACUCAGUCAAUACAACAAGCUGUACCUCCAAAUCGAGGAAGAUAUUCAAAAAACUUCAGCAGACAUCGAAAAGAGCAAAGUCGACUUCAAGACGGCGAGAGAGGUCCGCUGCUACAGAGAGCAGUACCACGCUCUAUCGAAGGUGAUAGCCGAGGAGAAAGAUCGAAAGGAAACGACUAAAGAUCUCGCCAAAGCUGAAAUAGGCAUGCUGGAGCUUAAUCGCAAAAGAGAGCAGCUGGCGGCCCGCAUCGAGCAGCAUCGCCGACAAUUCCAAGUUCUCCUGAGUGCUGUGCAGCAGCUCCAAAGCCUCAAUGGCAAGGACGAAGAGCCGUUGGAGGAAGGCGAAAUGCAAGAAGCUGAAAAACUGGAAGAUCUGAGCGAGGAGGACACCAUCAUGAGCAUGGAGUGA